CUGAAGGAGCUGGCGAUUUUACUUUCUCAUUUUCUUCCUUCCAGAAUGGGUUCUGGGUGGGUUCCCUGGCUGGUGGCUCUGUUAGUGAAUCUAAUCAGGCUUGAUUCCUCCAUGACUCAAGGCAGAGACUCUCCAGAAGAUUUUGUGAUUCAGGCUAAGGCUGACUGUUACUUCACCAAUGGGACAGAAAAGGUGCAGUUUGUGGUCAGAUUCAUCUUUAACCUGGAGGAGUAUGCACGUUUCGACAGCGAUCUGGGAAUAUUUGUGGCAUUGACAGAGCUGGGGAAGCCUGACGCUGAGCGGUGGAACAACCGGCCGGAUAUACUGGAGAGGAGUAGAGCUUCUGUGGAUGCGCUCUGCAGACACAACUACAAGUUGGGUGCACCCUUCACUGUUGCGAGAAAAGUGCAACCAGAGGUGACAGUGUAUCCGGAGACGACCCCAUUCUUGCAGCACCACAAUCUGCUACUCUGCUCUGUGACAGGUUUCUAUCCAGGGGACAUCAAGAUCAAGUGGUUCCGGAAUGGGCUGGAGGAGAGAGCAGGGGUCAUGUCCACUGGCCUUAUCAGGAAUGGAGACUGGACCUUUCAGACAAUGGUGAUGUUGGAAAUGACUCCUGAACUUGGAGAUGUCUACACCUGCCUUGUUGACCAUCCCAGCCUGCUGAGCCCUGUUUCUGUAGAGUGGAGAGCUCAGUCUGAAUAUUCUUGGAGGAAGAUGCUGAGUGGAGUUGCAGCCUUCUUGCUUGGGCUAAUCUUCCUCCUGGUGGGGAUCUUCAUCCACCUCAGGGCUCGGAAAGGUAAUGAGCCUCUGAGAAGUCCCCUGCCACCUGCCUCAUGGCUUCCCCCACUUCCUACUUUUCCUAACAUCUAAAAUGUAGAAGGCUGGGCUACCAGGGAAGAUGUGGAAGGCUGUGCUAUCAGGGAAGGCUGAUUGUACUUUUCAGGGAUACGUGGAAUAGUCUUUUCUGAAGCCAAAAACAUUCUAGGGGGUAAGCGGAGAUGGAGCUCUGAUACUGCAGGUCAUCCCCCAUCCCUCAGGAUAACGACAACAUUUGGUCCUAUUGGGGCAUUCUAUUUCUUUACUCUCCUUCAUUCCAGGAUAUGUGGAAACUCAGUUGUUUGGUGAGGGGGUAACGUCUUCCUCCUUGUGUUUGGGUGGCAGAUCAUUCUCUCAAUCCGAUGGCCAGAGGGAGAUGUCUUGGGGAUAAGACGUAAGCGUGACUCUGGAUGAGUGGCACUGUCUGCUGAGUCCCUGAAUGGGAGGAUGGUGGUCCCUUACGAGACUUUUAUCACUGUCCCUGCAGGUCUCCCACCAAAGACAUACUAAGGUCCUAACUGAAGCUUCUGCACCUGGAGCCUGAAGUAGUACCAAGUGGCGUAGGCCCCAGACUAAGUAAAGGACAUUCAUGAAGUCAAUGUUCUGGAGUGACUCUUUUUCCAGGAGGCCUCAGAGGAGUCCUGAACGUAUUCUAGAGUUUGUGUUCUGAGAUCAUGCAUCUGUCACCCUAUGCCCUUCUUCCUUCUACUUGUCUGUGUCAUUAGUCCCCAUUUGCAAGAACAGUGUCUAGAAAUUCCACAAAGACCUGACUCCUUUCAGCCCUGAACAGUUUACUUUUCUAUGGUCCAGCCAGCAUUGUAAGUAUUUAUUCUGUCUCUCUCUCUUCCAUCUGCAGUUUCCACAGUCUUCAGAAGACAAAUGCUCAGAUAGUCACUGUUUCCUUUUCAUCAUUUUUGAAAAC